GCCUUCUAGACCUUCUAGGUCUCACGGAACAGCCUCCCCAGCAUAAAAGGCGUCGCUUGAGCUAGCCUCUUUUGCAUAGGUGACCAGGAGGGACUCAACGGCCCUCGCCUGGCCUAGAGAGCUGACAAGCAUGACCGGACGGGACGGGCUUUCAGAUGGGCGCUCUAGGAGUAGAGCCCUGGCGCCAGGCUGUCCUCCCACCGGCUCUCGCCUUCGAAGCUUCGCCAUCAACGACCUGCUGGGCUUGGAAGCGGACUUGCCGACUCCGGCUGGACCCGGGUUAGGAUCCAGCUGUGAAGCUCCAGCGGAGGCUGCGGGGCCCAGGCCAGGACUCUGCGGUUCCUGCCCUGCUCGCGGGGCUCUCCCGCUGGGGCUGGGCCUCCUCUGCGGCUUCGGGGCGCAGCCCCCCUCAGCGGCCGCUGCUCGUACGCGCUGCCUGCUCCUCGCCGAUCUGAGGCUCCUGCCACCCGCAGGACCCGAGUCUGCGGUCGCCCAGAACCCCGUCCGCCCGCCGCCUGCGCCCGGCUGCCCGCAGCGCAGCGAGAGCGUCUCCACGUCGGAUGGGGACAGUCCAUCUGAAGAAAAGAGUGACUUGAAGAUGUCCCCAACCCCGGGCAAGAGGAAGAAACGGAGGCACAGGACAGUUUUCACUGCCCAUCAACUAGAAGAACUGGAGAAAGCAUUUGGUGAGGCUCACUACCCUGACGUGUAUGCCCGGGAAAUGCUGGCUGUGAAAACAGAGCUUCCUGAAGACCGAAUACAGGUCUGGUUCCAGAACCGGCGGGCCAAGUGGCGUAAGCGAGAGAAGCGCUGGGGCGGCAGCAGCGUCAUGGCUGAGUACGGACUCUACGGGGCCAUGGUGCGCCACUGCAUCCCACUGCCAGAUUCCGUGCUCAACUCCGCGGACAGCCAGCACGGCUCCUGUGCGCCCUGGCUUCUGGGAAUGCAUAAAAAGUCUACAGGGAUGAGAAAACCAGAAAGUGAAGACAAGUUAGCCGGACUCUGGGGUUUUGACCACCUCAAAGAAGGUGCUAAAAAGGAUGGACCUGAAAGGGGCCCAGACAAAACGAGCCUGAACCCUGAGGACAGCUUGGAAGAUGUGGCCAUUGACCUGUCCAGCUCUUCCAGGCAGGAGACAAAGAAAGUGCCCCCGGAAUCCAGUGAUCAGGGAUGCUCCCAUGCUCCAGGGCUUCAGGUGCCCCAGCCCCCAAAGGUGGGACCCUCAUGAGACCAACAGAUUUGCCCCUCCCCCAAAGUGGAAAUAUGCAUAUUUCUCACGAGCAAUUUUUAGGAGAUAAGACUGAUCAAGACAAACACCUUCAGUUUGAUUUUCUUCCUGAAACAUCUGGAUAAGAGGCAGUAUUACAAUAUUGAAUAUAUAAUGAUCUAGGGGAAGUUCCAUUUAAUUCUAGAAGGGAGAACAUUUGUACAAUCUUUUGAAUCACUCAGUUUGGUAUAAAAUUUUGUUUCUCCUUUGUAGAAUUUGAGUAGGGAAGAUCUGAAGUUCAAAGAUAAUUUUAGGGAUGGGGUAUGAUGUAGCCCAGUUGAUAGCACACAUGAAGGCCUUUGGUCAAUCCCCAGCACCACAUGAACAGAUGUGGUGGCACACACCUGUAAUCUCUGCACUCAGGAGGUAGAAACAAGGGAUCAGAUGUUCAAGAGCAUCCCAAUCAACCUGGGCUAUACAAGACCUUAGAGAGAGAGAGAGAGAGAGAGAGAGAGAGAGAGAGAGAGAGAGAGUAUUUCUACCUGCACCAUUUGAGAUGUGGUUCAAUCAUUAAGAGUGCUGUUCUGACCUCUUCACUCUAAGAACAUUUGGAUUUGUUUGGUUUUGUUGAGAUAGGCAGGGUCUUGCUGUGCAGCCCAGGCUAGCUUCAAUUUCAUGAUCUGCCUCAGCCUCUCCAGUGCUGGGGUUCUAGGUGUGAAUAUAAUUGUUUUACACUCCCAGGAGAAGUUUCUAAAAAGAUGAAUGAACGAAUGGAUGCUAUAUCACUUUUCCUUGAACUGGGUCUUAGACUUUCUUGUUUUCACAGUAGGCAGUAAUUUUGUGUUGAACAUCACUUGAUAGGUCUUGAAUACCUAAACAACAAAGAAAGCCAUACUCUCCUCCUCUGAAAUCACCUGGAGCCAUGUUUAGGCAAUUGUUAGAUAUCUGGAGACUGUCAGACCUGAUUUCUUGGUCCUUUUGAAUUUAUGUUUGGAAGCACUUUAGUGAUGUGGAUUCAUGAAUGUUUUCUUUCCUGUAUUUCCUUUGCUGUUUAUUUAUUAUUUAAAAAUAAACAUGUGGUAUGUCUGGCUCAA